GGGCGGCGUGGGAGGCUCGAUCUGGGCGAGAACCCCGGAAGGCGCGUGGCCAGCGCGCAGGCCCAGAACCGCCCGAGCCGGGGCUGCCGGCGACGCCCCAGAGCGGAAGAGGGAAGUGAAGGCUUCACCGGGCUUCGGGUUCUUGGCCGGCUUGGCUCGCCGAGAUAGAGACCAGAGACCGCAGGUAGAGGAGGAGGCCUUGGCCGCCGCUCGGGAUCGGGGAUGUCGAAGAACACGGUGUCGUCCGCCCGGUUCCGGAAGGUGGACGUGGAUGAGUACGACGAGAACAAGUUCGUGGACGAGGAAGAUGGGGGCGACGGGCAGGUCGGGCCCGACGAGGGCGAGGUGGACUCCUGCCUGCGGCAAGGAAACAUGACAGCCGCCCUGCAGGCAGCCCUGAAGAACCCCCCUAUCAACACCAAGAGUCAGGCGGUGAAGGAUCGGGCAGGCAGCAUUGUCUUGAAGGUGCUCAUCUCCUUUAAAGCUAAUGAUAUUGAAAAGGCAGUUCAGUCCCUGGACAAGAAUGGGGUGGAUCUCCUCAUGAAGUAUAUUUAUAAAGGCUUUGAGAGCCCCUCUGACAAUAGCAGCGCUGUGUUAUUGCAGUGGCAUGAAAAGGCGCUUGCUGCUGGCGGAGUGGGGUCCAUCGUCCGGGUGUUGACUGCCCGGAGAACCGUGUAGUCCAGCAGGAACUGGGCUUCUCCUGUGGGUGUGGGAGUUGCUGGUACAAAGACCAAAACAACCAAAUGCCACCACUGCCCUUUGGGUAGCAUCUGUUUCCCUCAGCUUUGCCUUCUCGCUUCCUCUUUCGUAUCUGUAAAGAAGAAAACCACAUAUCCAUUUUCCUUUCAUGAAAAUCGGGAUAAUAUAUAGGCAAUUUUUCAACAGGUGUCAUGCUGUCAGAACUAUUUCAGUGAUACGUAUACCAGUCUGUACAUAGUAUAAUUUACAUCCAGGUUUAACCACCUCUGUUGGCUGGUGGGUUUUUUUGUUGGCGGUGGUGUUUUUUGGGUUUUGUUUCUGUUUUUGACUAAUAGUGAUAAAUUUGAUGCCGAUUUCCUAACUCAUUGCCAGCCAGAAAAUACCCUUAUAAAAACAUGUUUGAGAGACUGGCAGCUGUUAACAUUACAAAACUGGACCAUACUUCCCUUAUUUAAGCAAAACGUGUUUCUGAAACCGGUGGUGGGUGAACACCACUGCCGAGUUCCAGCUUUGUGUCCGCCUCCAGAUUAUGUGAGUUUCAGUAUACUCCUCCUCUCAGCACCCAGCGAUCAUGGCCUCUCGAUUUCUUUGUGGUCACCAGGGUCCAGAGCAAGGAGUCUUGCUCGACACUAAUGUUCCAUAAAAUGCCAGAGC